GGCCAUCUUCAAAGUCAUCUAAAAACCCACACGGGGGAGAAGCCUUUUGAAUGCUCAGAAUGUGGGAAGAGAUUCAGUCAGAAUAGCGAUCUUCAACGUCAUCUAAGAACUCACACAGGGGAAAAGCCUUUUGAAUGCUCACAGUGUGGGAAGAGGUUCAGUCAGAGUGGCAGCCUUCAACAUCAUCUAAGAACACACACGGGGGAGAAGCCUUUUGAAUGCUCAGAGUGUGGGAAGAGAUUCAGCCGCAGCAACAAUCAUCAAAGUCAUUUAAGAACCCACACUGGGGAGAAGCCUUUUGAAUGCUCAGAGUGUGGGAAAAGAUUCAGUCAUAAUAGCGAUCUUCAACGUCAUCUAAGAACCCACACAGGGGAGAAGCCUUUUGAAUGCUCAGACUGUGGGAAGAGGUUCAGUCAGAGUGGCAGCCUUCAACAUCAUCUAAGAACCCAUACGGGGGAGAAGCCUUUUGAGUGCUCAGAGUGUGGGAAGAGAUUCAGCCAAAGUAACAGUCAUCAAAGUCAUUUAAGAACCCACAGUGGGGAGAAGCCUUUUGAAUGCUCAGAGUGUGGAAAGAGAUUCCGUCAUAAUAGCGAUCUUCAACGUCAUCUAAGAACCCACACAGGGGAGAAGCCUUUUGAAUGCUCAAAGUGUGGGAAGAGAUUCAGUUUUAGUAACUAUCUUCGAAAUCAUCUAAGAACCCACACAGGGGAGAAGCCUUUUGAAUGCUCAGAGUGUGGAAAGAGAUUCAGCCGCAGUAACAAUUAUCAAAGUCAUUUAAGAACCCACACGGGGGAGAAGCCUUUUGAAUGCUCAGAGUGUGGAAAGAGAUUCAGUCAUAAUAGCGAUCUUCAACGUCAUCUAAGAACCCACACAGGGGAGAAGCCUUUUGAAUGCUCAAAGUGUGGGAAGAGAUUCAGUUUUAGUAACAAUCUUCAAAGUCAUCUAAGAACCCACACAGGGGAGAAGCCUUUUGAAUGCUCAGAGUGUGGGAGGAGAUUCAGCCAAAAUCGUGCUCUUCAAAGUCAUCUAAGAAGCCACACAGGGGAGAUGCCUUUUGAAUGCUCAGAGUGUGGGAAGAGAUUUAGUAACUGGAGCAAUCUUCAAAAACAUCGAAGAAUCCACACAGGGCAUAAAGUUUUGGAGUAG